AUCAAUCGGCCAGCCACUUUGACCAUAUACCUUCAGUGCCGCCUACCCGCGCAAUCGAACCACUGCAGCCUACCGCUGUUCAUAAUAUUAUUAUUGUAAUAAUUCGUUCAAAUUCACAAGCUUUCACAACUAGACGACAUGGAAGAAUUCUUCAAAGGCAAAAAGUUCAUCGUCACCGGCGCUAACGCGGGAAUUGGUGAGACGAUUACUAACCGCCUAGUGUCGUUGGGUGCUCACGUUUUCGCUGUUGGACGUGACGCAAAGAAAUUACCACCCGCUGGACCUUACCUAACUCCAGUUUGUGCAGAUGUGGGCGAAUGGGACUCCUAUGAUAUUAUUAAAAAAUUGGGACCAGUCCACGGUUUGGUGAACAAUGCUGGAGUUGCCUUUAUCGAAUCUUUCUUUGACAUGACACAAGAAGGAUGGGAUAAAACAUUAAACAUCAACGCAAGAGGAAUCGUUCGCAUAAGUCAGGCUGUAGCAGAGAACAUGAAGAACGCUGGAAUUAAAGGAUCCAUCGUUAACGUGUCCUCAACAAUUUCAGAAAGAGCUAUUCCAGACCACACAUCGUAUUGUGCAUCAAAAGGUGCAGUCAAUCAAGUGACAAGAGUUAUGAGUAUCGAGCUCGGAAAAUUGGGUAUCCGUACAAACAACGUCAACCCGACCGUGGUUAUGACAAAAAUGGGUGCUAAAGCAUGGUCCGACCCAGCUAAAUCCAACCCAAUUUUAAGUAGAAUACCACUUGGACGAUUUGCUGAGUGCGAAGACGUCGCAAAUGUGACUCUAUUUUUGCUCAGUGACUAUUCUACCUACGUAAAUGGUGUUUCAAUUCCAGUGGACGGUGGAUUUUUGGCCAGUUAAAUAUGGAUUACCCAAGAAACAACACUAUACUCACAGUGCGAACGGUCUGAAUAUCAUCAAGAGAGGAUAAUUGAAUUAUUUUAAUUAUAAAA